CAAGCAGAACCCCAUGCGGUCCCCUCCUCCAUGUUCGGCCGGGCGGGACACCCCGUGACUCUUCCAUGGACGGCGAAAGGAAGCCACCCCUCCUCUGACGCCCCUCACCGCUCGAAUCAAAGGUAACCCCGCUCCUCCGCGACCCGAAAAGAAAAGAGGAGGCGGGGGGUACAAUGCCGGCCGGGCUCGGCGCGCUGCUCCUGGUGGCGAUCUCCAGGGGGGUGGUGCUAUCGCUGGGCGAGCCGGGCUUUGCCCGCAAGGACAUCAAGAUCGACGGCGACCUGGUGCUGGGCGGCCUCUUCCCCGUGCACGAGAAGGGCCUGGGCGCCGACGAGUGCGGCCGCGUCAACGAGGACCGCGGCGUGCAGCGGCUGGAGGCCAUGCUCUUCGCCAUCGACGAGAUCAACGGCGACCCGGCGCUGUUGCCCGGGGUGACGCUGGGGGCGCACAUCCUGGACACCUGCUCGCGGGACACCUACGCUCUGGAGCAGUCCCUGGAGUUUGUGCGGGCCUCGCUCACCAAGGUGGACGACGCCGAGUACAUCUGCCCCGACGGCUCCUACGCGCUGCAGGACAACAGCCCCCUGGCCAUCGCCGGCGUCAUCGGGGGCUCCUUCAGCAGCGUCUCCAUACAGGUGGCAAACCUGUUGCGACUCUUCCAAAUCCCCCAGAUCAGCUACGCCUCCACCAGCGCUAAGCUAAGCGACAAGUCCCGCUACGACUACUUCGCCCGCACCGUGCCACCAGACUUUUAUCAGGCCAAGGCGAUGGCGGAGAUCCUGCGCUUCUUCAACUGGACGUACGUGUCGACGGUGGCGUCGGAGGGCGACUACGGCGAGACGGGCAUUGAGGCCUUCGAGCAGGAGGCCCGCCUGCGCAACAUCUGCAUCGCCACCUCCGAGAAGGUGGGCCGCUCCAACGCCAAGAAGUCGUACGACGCCGUGGUGCGGCAGCUGCUGCAGAAGCCCAACGCCAAGGUGGCGGUGCUGUUCAUGCGCAGCGACGACGCCCGCGAGCUUCUGGCCGCCGCCGCCCGCCUCAACGCCUCGCUGGUCUGGAUCGCCAGCGACGGCUGGGGGGCGCAGGAGAGCAUCGUCAAGGGCAACGAGCACGUGGCCGACGGCGCCAUCACGCUGGAGCUGGCCGCCCACCCCGUGCGGGAGUUCAACCGCUACUUCCAGCGGCUCAACCCCGCCAGCAACCGGCGCAACCCGUGGUUCAAGGAAUUCUGGGAGCAGAAGUUUCAGUGCGCGCUGGGGGGAGGGGGAGGGGGAGGAGGGGACGGGGACCGGGCGCGGGCAGCGUGCGAGCCGCACCUGGCCAUCGACGAGUCCAACUUCGAGCCGGAGUCCAAGAUCAUGUUCGUGGUGAACGCCGUGUACGCCAUGGCCCACGCCCUGCACAAGAUGCAGCGCACGCUGUGCUCCAACACCACGCAGCUGUGCGACGCCAUGAAGGCCCUGGACGGCAGGAAGCUGUACCGGGACUACCUCCUCAACAUCAACUUCAAGGCACCCUUCUCCCCGCCUGGGGUGGACAGCGUGGUGAAGUUCGACGCCUACGGCGACGGGGUGGGCCGCUACAACAUCUUCAACUACCAGCGGAAGGCGGAGAAGUACGCCUACGUGCAGGUGGGCGAGUGGGCGGAGACGCUGUCCCUGAGCGGCGAGCUGGUCCACUGGCCACGGGAGGCGGCGGCCCCGCCCACCUCGCAGUGCAGCGACCCGUGCGCCCGCAACGAGAUGAAGAAGAUGCAGGCGGGCGAGUACUGCUGCUGGAUCUGCACGCCGUGCGAGGCGCACGAGUACCUGGCCGACGAGUUCACCUGCGCACCCUGCAGCCCCGGGCAGUGGCCCAACGAGGACCUGACGGACUGCUACGACCUGCCCGAGGACUACAUCCUGUGGGAGGACGCCUGGGCUGUCGGGCCUGUCGCCAUCGCCUGUGUGGGCUUCAUCUGCACCGCGCUGGUGGUGGGCGUCUUCAUCCGCCACAACGACACGCCGCUGGUCAAGGCCUCGGGCCGCGAGCUGUGCUACAUCCUCCUGCUGGGCGUCUUCAUGUCCUACAGCAUGACCUUCUUCUUCAUCGCCAAGCCCUCUCCCGCCGUCUGCACGCUGCGCCGCCUCGGCCUGGGAACCUCGUUCGCCGUCUGCUACUCCGCCCUCCUCACCAAGACCAACCGCAUCGCGCGCAUCUUCGGCGGGGUGAAGGACGGCGCCCAGCGGCCGCGCUUCAUCAGCCCCAGCUCGCAGGUCUUCAUCUGCCUCAGCCUCAUCUCCGUGCAGCUGGUGCUGGUGUCCGUCUGGCUGCUUCUGGAGGCGCCGGGGACUCGGCGCUUCACGCUCCCCGAGCGCCGCGAGACCGUCAUCCUCAAGUGCAACGUGCGCGACUCCAGCAUGCUGCUGUCGCUCUCCUACGACGUGGUGCUGGUCGUCCUCUGCACCGUCUACGCCUUCAAGACCAGGAAGUGCCCCGAGAACUUCAACGAGGCCAAGUUCAUCGGCUUCACCAUGUACACCACCUGCAUCAUCUGGCUGGCCUUCCUGCCCAUCUUCUAUGUCACCUCCAGCGACUACCGGGUGCAAACGACUACCAUGUGCAUAUCGGUGAGCCUGAGUGGCUUCGUGGUGCUGGGCUGUCUGUUCGCCCCCAAGGUCCACAUCAUUCUGUUCCAGCCGCAGAAGAACGUCACCAGCCACCGGCACAACCCCGCCCGCUUCAGCGUCAGCGGGCCCGCCACCACCUACUCUCACGCAUCUGCGGGCGCCCACUACGUACCCACCAUCUGCAAUGGCAGGGAGAUCGUCGACUCCACAACCUCCUCCCUGUGACCUCCGGACGACCUCCCCUCCUCCUCCCCCGCCCCAUUUAGACUGUUAGCAAAUUUGCACAUAUUGUGCACCUCCUGUGAACUAGUACCAUUUAUGUAGAAAGCGUGUAUUAAAUUAUUUUUAAGGGCUGUACAUAGUAACUGACAUUGUUGUAGAAAGAGAGAAAAAAAACAGAGAAACGUUUUUAGGAUGUUUUCCAGGAUUU